AUGGCCUCAGUACGUCAUGAGUCUCUCGACCGCGAGGACCGCGAAGAUGCUCCAUUCCUCGACUCCCCCGAUUCGAGUACCCCCGGCCCUGCCCAUCGCCAUGUCCAUAACAAGCCCAGUAUAGACAGCCAGCCAGCUAAGGCCAAUGCCUCCAUUGGUGCCAUUAGUUUUCGCCUGAAAGCGAUCCUUUUCGCCAUGGUCCUCGCUGUUGAAAUCGGCUUCGCUUUCCUCGAGGGCCCAAUGGUCCGGAUUAUGGAGUCUAUCGCGUGCCGUCAGUAUUUUCUGGGGGUGGAUCCAACGCAGAUCGGUGCGGAUGGUCAGGUGCCGGAGGCCAUGUGUAAGAUCGGCGAGGUGCAGGCUGAACUGGCGGCUGUGAAAGGCUACCAUAUGUUCUUUGAUGGGUCACUGAGCGCUCUUUUGGCAAUUCCUUAUGGUCUGCUGGCAGACCGUCGUGGCCGCAAAUCUACACUCGCUUUGUCUAUUCCCGGAUUUGGGUUGAAUGCCAUCCUCACAGUCCUUAUCUUGUGGUUUUCGGAUGUAUUCCCCCUGCGUGCGCUUUGGUUUACUGCCUUGUCCUGGUUGUUUGGGGGUGGUCCAGUCGUGUCGUUUGCGAUCAUCUGGACUAUGAUGGCUGAUGUAACUACCGAGGCGGAAAGAGCGGGCAUUUUCUUUCAAUUUGCCAUCGUAUCGAUGGGUGCCGACUUCGCCUCGACUGCUCUUAGUUCGUAUCUCAUGACCUUGAAUCCCUGGAUACCAUUGGUGGUUGGAUUUGUAAUUGUAAUGGGGGGCAUGAUGCUCAUUUUGUUGCUACCAGAAACGAAGCAUGCACUGCCACCCCGGAAAGCUGAACCGACACAUGUCGAGAUGUCAGAACUGACAGGCGAGGCCGAACCAAAGCAUUCGUUACAUGAUCCCAACGAACGCGAACCAUCUCGCGAAGAACCGGACAUGAAUGGUGACCACGCGAAUGAACCGCCGUCUUGGAGCAUUUCAUCAUACUCCCACCAGUCUAUUGUGACAAAGAUCCGCGCAAAUUACCGCUUCUACCUUAAACCCUACCAUUUCAUCCUCAACCGAAAACCAGUUCUCCUUCUCCUCAGUGCAUUCCUGGUCUACCGCCUGAGCCGAGGUUCAUCCUGGUUUUUAACCCAAUAUAUAUCGACCCGUUAUUCAUGGACGCUGGCAGCGUCCAACUUCCUGGUAUCUGCUCGCCCAACCGUGUCAAUCCCGCUGUUCCUCUGGGGCCUACCUUUCCUCAAACGCCGAGUCCUGAACCCUCGGCUUUCAUCGACAGAAAAGGACCUGUGGCUCGCGCGCCGCAGUAUAUUCUGUCUUACUAUUGGAACACUCGGAAUCGGCCUCUCCCCAUCCAUUGCUACCCUGAUCCCCAGCAUGAUCAUCCAGACCUCCGGAUCGGGCUUUGUUUUCCUUGCUCGCUCUAUCAUUACCACUUUGGUUGAACGUGAUGAGACCGCUCGCUUGUUUACUGCGAUUGAGAUUAUCCAGUCAUUGGGAAAUGUGGUUGCGAGUUUAUCCAUCACCACCGUCUUCCAAAUUGGACUGCGUCUCGGUGGGUUCUGGAUUGGUCUCGCGUGGAUGAUGACUAGUUCGCUAUUCUGUUUAGUCGGAGUAGCCAUUUGGACAUUCAAACUUCCUCCAAGUCCUCCGGAACCGGAAUUUGUGGUGGAUGACUACGACGGGGAUGACAGGGUGUGA